UGGAGAAUGUGAGUUAGAGAACCUGAUUGAGUUUGUUUUAGUGACGACAGGUUUAGGCAGAGUCUGUGACGUGAGUGUGUGUAUGAGGUGAGCUAAGGGAGUACUGAGCAAGCACACACACACACACACAGCCAAUCCCUGAGAGAGCACCAGCAGUAUACAGAUAAGUGAUAACCUCAAUUAUUUGGAAAAAUCAUGACGAUCGGCAAAAGCUCCAAAAAGCAAAAGGCUCCUCGGUCUCCUCCUUUCCUAGACCGGGCCAGUGGAUUCUAUGGACGUUUAGAUGAAAUAGAAACGGAGUCCAAGACAGAAACGCAUUUCACAGAGAAACAACCAGCGUCUAAGCCUGUGGCAGGAGAAAUUAACAGCAGAGAGUUGCCAGAUGAUCAGGAGCACUGUGUGUACGAUUUCAGCGAGGGCAUGAUGGAGGACGAUGGGACCACCCUAUUGAAGAGGAAGCCGAGCCGACUGAGCCGGCAUUGGAGCAGGAAAAGCUCCAGGAGGACCAAAUCUGAUAAAUCGUCCCUGGAGAUGCACAUUCAACACACUGAGACUGAGGUGGCUCCUUCUAUUAACCCGAGAUUGGAUGUGCACUUAGAAACUCAGCCUGAAACAUUAUCAGGCAGCAGAGCUCCAGAACCCAUGCUAAUCUACUUCUCUGUAAGAGAGGAAGAUGAUGAUCAGAAGCUCAUUCCUGAAGGAAAGGAGAGACAAAGGGGGAUGAAGGAAAACAGGAGAGAAGGAGCGGUGGAGGGGAAACCAGAAGUAGAGAACAUGAAGGUCGUUAAAAGGAGUUCUCUUAGGAAUUAUCACAAGGUUUUGGAUAAAGCACUAAGACGAGGAUGGGAGACCUUUGUUGCUAACUUGUACAGUGUGACCCUCUCUCCUGUUUCCUCCUCUGUGUCCUCACCAAGCAAGACUGAAAUGGACAGGAAGGCUGCUUUGGCAGAUUUUAGAUGCUGAUUUAAUUUAAAUAUAAAUUAUCAAUUUCAGUUGUUAAUUGCUUUAAAAUGUGUUUGGUAAUCACGAUGUAGUAAUUGUUAUUACAUGUAUUUUUUAUAAGCUGUAUUUAUAUUUGAUUUAUCUCCACAAGAAUCACCUUUCUUAGUUAGUUUGUUUGUUUAUGUUACUACAGUAUCUAACAUGGAUCUUGUUUAAGGACGGUUUGUGUUCUAUAACCUGAGAAAGCAAGAUUCAUAUCCGGAAAAUGCCUGAGGUUGUAGUUUUGGUUCUGACUUGGGUGCAGGACACGAUGAAUUAUGUUACUGCUCAAUAAGCUUUUGUCCGACAGAACAAGAACGAUCUCCCAAAACAUAAUGGAAUCAUUUUAGGAUUUGUUAUGAUUGUUGUGAAACUGAUUGAGCUGAGAACAGUAUUACGGAGGCAGAGCUCAUUGAUGUCAUUUGUCUUUGCUAGUGGGCCAUGACCCUGGGACUAAAACUCCAACACUGGGAGCUCAUAUCUUCCUGGCUUUGAAGUCCAUGACUGAGCCAGCUGAGUUGUUUUUAUUGAUCAUAAUCCAUUCAUAAGAAUUAAUGACCUUAUAUGAUCGGGACUACAGAGAAAUAAAUAAAUAAAUAAAAAUACAUUUUAUUGUAAAAA